AUUCCUCUCAGAGCCCCUCCCAUGGAGCAGCGCAGCCCUCAGCUCCUCCACCGUCCCACACAAAGAGAGCUGCUUCCCGCUGCCAUCUGAGCGGAUCACCUGGAAGGUAAGACACACCUGGCUGCUGCUCGAACCCACAGCUCCUGAGAUGGUGGAACACCUCUAUGUUUUUCCAGCUUCAACCUCCUCCUGUUGAAGAGCAGGAAACAUCUGGACGGACCCCGGAGAGACCUGCCUUAGCUUCAGGCUCCACUCAUGUCUUCUGACCUGCAAGCAUCCAGAGCGUCGUCCCUCUGGCUGAAGCUGAGUCUGCUGCUCAGUGUCCUCCUGCUGCUGUCCUCUGGAGUCCAUGGCCAGGGUCGCCUGAAGCUGACGGUUCUGUCUGAAGAUCGGCUGCAGAUGAAGUGGAAGGAGGCCGAUGGACCCGUUCAAGGCUACAAAGUUCGGGUCAGAACCUUGUCAGAGCAGCAGCCAGAGCUAAUGCUGACCACCACCAGGGGCCGGGCCACCGUGGCAGGACUGGACUCCAGCCAGGAAUACUCGCUCCAAGUCUUCGUCCUGAACGGGACCACAGAGAAGCUUCUGGCAAAAAGAAGAUUCACCUUGGAGGGUCUCCGAGAGGAGGAGGUGAUCCGCAGCGGUAGCCGUGACAACCGGAGGAAUCUGAUCCCAGUGGGGUCAGGUUCCGGGGACCUGGAUGAAGCGACGGCGGUUCUACUGAACCCACCAACGGUUCUGUUCCCAGACCCGCCUGUCUCCACUGCUGCCGCCACGACUGCAGAGCCCUCAGCAACAGAAACCCCUCCCGAACAACCUGAUGAGCCCCCAGAGAAAGGCACCAGAGAGAAGAGGAAGAGGAAGAAAGAGCGGCAUCGUUCCACGCUGGAGGACAAGGAGGAGCAGGGGAGGAAACAGGAGAUUCUUCCGAGGAAACCUUACCAGUGUGAGAGCGACGCAGCGGCAGACAUCGUGCUGUUGGUUGACGGCUCCUGGAGCAUCGGACGCACCAACUUCAGGCGCGUCAGAGACUUCCUGGAGGGGCUGGUGACACCUUUCAAAGUCGGACCAAACCACAUUCAAAUCGGGCUGACCCAGUACAGCGGAGACCCUCGCACAGAGUGGCAUCUCAAUAACUUCACCACAAAACAGCAGCUGUUGGAGGCGGUGAGGAACUUCAGGUAUAAAGGAGGAAACACCUUUACAGGACAGGCACUGCUGCACGUCAUGGAGGAAAACAUGAAGACCGAGGUGGGAUCCAGAGCCAACGUACCAUCUUUCCUGGUCCUGUUGACUGAUGGGAAGUCUCAGGAUGAUGCCAUCGCAGCAGCUAACCGGCUUAAGAACGCAGGCGUGGAAAUCAUCGCUGUAGGUGUUAAAAAUGCUGACGAAGCAGAACUGAGACAGGUGGUGUCGGAGCCGGUCGAUCUGAACGUCUACAAUGUGAACGACUUCCCGCUGCUCAGCAAACUGGUGGCUCGGCUGGUUCACAUCCUGUGUGCGAGGGUGGAGGACCGCAGCAUCUCCAAACGAAUGGAGCCCAGACCCAGUGUGGAACCACAGCUUUCCUUUCCCGGUCCAACCAGUCUGCGCUUUUCCCAGCUUGGAUCCAGACAGGUGAAGCUGCACUGGACCAAUCCCAGCCAGCCGGUCCAGCAGUACAGAGUGGUUUACCACAGCGCAGCCAGUCAGAGUCCAGAGGAGGUUGUGUUAUCCGGCGCUGAGUCCACCGUUCUGCUGGAUGGACUCUCCUCCCAGACGCUGUAUCACAUCUCCAUAUUCCCUGUGUUCGCCAGCAGCGUCGGCUCGGCGCUCAGAGGAACCGUCACCACAUUGCCUCUGGCCAUGCCCUCAGGCCUGGCGGUGACUCCUUCCUCCUACAGCAGUCUGCAGGUCAGAUGGAGCGCAGCUCCUGGGGCUACUGACUACAUGAUCCUGUACUCUGCGCUGAGCGAUGGAGAGCCGGAUGACGCUAAGGAGGAGAAGUUCAGUGCAGGGCAGACGGGGGUGGAGCUUGCAGGCUUGCUUCCAGAGACGGACUACUCCAUCACACUUUAUGCUCUUUAUGAUGAAGAUCCCAGUGAUCCGGUCACCUCGGUAGCCCGUACCUUACCCCUCCCAGCCCCGGCUGGAGUUCAGUUCCCGACUGUCACCCACAGCAUGAUAAAGGUGAGCUGGGUUCCUGGUGCUGUGGACGUCCCGGCCCACAGAAUCACCUACAGCACCAACCAUGGCAGCAACAUUAAGCAGGUGGAGGUAGAGGGACAGAACUCUGUGCUGGUUCAAAGCCUUGCAUCUCUGUCCACAUACCUGGUUUCAGUCCAGUCUCGUUACCCACAAGGCCUCUCCGCCCCACUCACCAGUAACGUCACAACACUGAAGGUUCCUUCUCCAUCGGAUCUCAGGGUGACUAACUUCUCAGGCAGUGAAAUGGCGGUGCGCUGGGAGGCGGCGGCAGACGAUGUGGUCUAUUACCUCAUUAAAUGGAUCUCCUUAAGUGAGGGAGAUCUGCGGCAGCUGAAGGUGGGCGGAGACAGUAAGGAGGCCAUCUUGGGGGGUGUGGAGGAGGAUAAGGAAUACCAGAUCUCUCUGUCUGCUCUGUAUGGAGAUGGAGCUCAGAGCGAGGCAGUGGCCACUCGAUACAGUACCUUGUCAGGCGGAGGCCCGUCCAGCGUGUCCAUCUCAGAGGAAACUGCAGUCAGCAUGGCGGUGAGCUGGGUGCCUCCGAACGCUCACGUCCUCCAGUAUCGUGUGACUUACGCCCCCCUGACGGGAGCCGAGACCCCGGACAGGACUGUGUUGGUCCCAGGUGGUCAGAAGCGGGUGGUGCUGGACUCAUUACAGCCGGAUACACGUUACAGCGUCUUAGUCACCGCAGAGUAUCGCAACCAAGAGGGAGGCAGCGGCUCGGCUCAGGGCAAAACCGCCAGUCUGCGUGUGAGCAGCAUCAGCGUGGUCCGAUCGGACCAGUCCAGCAUCUGUCUGUCCUGGAGGCCGGUCUCUGCAGUUGAUGGGUACCGGGUUGUCAUCCAGUCUGUUAAAGACAAGCUAACGAAGCAGCAAACCGUGGACCGGUCCACCAGCAGUUACUGCUUCAGCCACCUGGAGCCCCAGACUCUGUACCGCAUCAGCAUGCACGCCCUCCUCGGCCCUGCAGAGGGCGCCACCGUCUCUAUUCUCCAUCCUACAGCUCCAGCUCCAGCCAGGCUCCCCCCCCGGGUGUAUCCUGUCCACAAUGAAGUCUGUCCUGAAGUCACCAUCCAGAACCACAUCGUUAAAGGUUACAACAUGAUGGAGGCCUUCGGUCUGACCCAGAGAGGCUACUCAUCGGUGGAGGGGGUGGCAGCCGAGCCCUUCGUCUUUAACACCCUCCCCACCUUCACUCUGUACAGAGAUGUGCAGCUGACACAAAGCACCAAGUUAGUCCACCCUGCUGGUUUCUCUCCAGAGCACACCAUCAGCAUCACCUUCCGGCUGCUGCAGGACACACCGAGGGAGGCCUUCGCUCUCUGGCAGCUCACUGACUCUGACUACCAGCCAAAGAUGGGGGUGGUCAUAGACCCGUCUACCAAACACCUGAUGUACUUCAGUCUGGACUACAGGGGAGAAGUUCAGCAGCUCACCUUUGAUCAGCCACAGGUCCACAAGAUCUUCUAUGGAAGUUUUCACAAGGUCCACCUGUCUGUCAGCCAGGUGAGCGUCUCCCUGUCGGUGGACUGUCAGCCUGUGGGUGAAAGGCCCGCCCGUCCUCUGGGGAACCUGCCGACCGAUGGAUUCGAGAUGCUGGGCAAACUGGUGAGAAGCAAAGGACCUAACAGCGGCUCCGCCCCGUUUCAGCUGCAGUCCUUUGAGAUCGUCUGUAACACCAGCUGGGCGUCCGCGGACACCUGCUGUGACCUUCCUGCAGCGAGAGAUGAGGAGAGCUGUCCUGCACAGCCGUUUACAUGUUCCUGCUCCUCCAACAUUCCUGGGGCUCCGGGUCCUCCUGGACCAACCGGGAGACCAGGUCCUCGUGGAGAGAAGGGAGAUAGGGGAGAGCAAGGCCAAAAGGGGGAGGAAGGCCCCCCAGGGAAGCCUGGGUUCCAAGGGGGUCUUGGACCUGUGGGCAGCGUUGGGCCCCGAGGCAUAGCAGUCCAAGGCAAAAUGGGUCCACCAGGAGCAAGGGGGGAAAAGGGAGAUCCUGGGAGGCCUGGUGUCCAAGGUUUACCUGGACCCCCAGGUCCAAAGGGAGAGGAGGGGAUCCCUGGCCCCCAGGGCAUCAGAGGCGUGGAAGGAAACAUUGGCUCCCCGGGUGUCACUGGAGCCAGGGGUUUUCAAGGACUUCCUGGACACCCAGGACUCAUGGGAGAGAGAGGACCUUCUGGACCUGUUGGACCAACAGGUCUGCCAGGAAACAAAGGGGAGCGAGGGGAAAAGGGGGAAACUCAGUCUAUGGCACUGAUCUACCAGCUGGUCACACAGGCCUGUGAACAACUGGUCCACAAGGAGGUGUUAAAGCUUGAUUCCUAUAUCAAUGAGAUCAGUCGAAAACCUGUUCCUAUUGAGGAGCCAGUAGGUCCCCCAGGGGAACCUGGCAUUCCAGGCUCCAGGGGCCCACCAGGUGCCAGGGGGAACCAGGGGGAAGUUGGCUCAAGAGGGAGACCUGGGAGGCCGGGAUACCCAGGAGAGCAGGGGAGGAGAGGAAUUCCAGGAGAAAAGGGGGAUCCAGGAAAUAAUGUCCAGGGACCCUCAGGAGUCAAAGGGUUUGCAGGUCCUCCAGGGGAGUCCAAGCUGGGGGACCCAGGUCCCAAAGGAAAUGAUGGCAAGCCAGGACCACCAGGGGUCCCCGGGCCUCCUGGUCAGCCGGGAGAGGUUGGACCUGGGGGGGUUUGUGACAGCAGUGGAGGCUGUCACAAUGCUCCAGGACAGACAGAAGACCCUUAUUAUGGCUACCAGCCCUGAGGCGGGGAACCAAAUGAUGAACAAUAGAGUGAAAUAACUGGUUCCUUCAGAGCUGAGUGAGAGCUACAUGAAGCUGCUUCAGCCGCCGCCUUGGUCCAGUUUGAAAUCACUAACCUGUGAUGAAUCAGAGAGCUGUCAGAUGAACGCCGCAUGAUACAGUUAGCACUGAACGAUUUGGUUUGUUUUUCAUGUAUUCAUGCACUGCAUCAUGUACCGCCUUAAACCCAAGAAUUUCUCUUUAUUUUCAUUUUAACCAUUUUGGCUCAGAGAUAAAGACUAAACUCUGUGGUAUAAAAGGAUGUUUCUUCCCACAUUAUAUUGAAUAAUACUGUGAGAGUGCAUUUAUAUGUACAAUAUUUUUAAAUAUUUUUAUAGUAUUUGCUGUAUCUUUCGAAAAUUCACGUAUAUUUUAUUGAUUCUGAAUUUUACCUGAAAACUCCUGUUUACAUUUUUAUCAUGUUAAGGUUGAUAACUUUUUAUGUGUAACAGAAAAGAUGUUUAAGUGUUGAAUAAAAUCCUGAAUUAUUGUUAAAAAGUUUU